AUGCCACAGCUGAUUUUGACUGUUGGAAAUUUAUUUGCGGCAUAAUUGCACAAUUUCUAGUUAUCAAUAGAAUUUUUUAAUACUUUUUAAUCGAAAUUACUUUAAAAUGCGUCUCACUGAGGUGUUAUUUAAGAAAGUGAAAAGCAAGCGGAUCAUGGUGCUAAUGGAGAGCGCUGUUAGUGGUCAUCAGUUUAAUAUGUUCCGCGAACGUUUGGCUGACAAAUUGGAACUGAUACGUUUCGAUCCAUACAUACAAAAGGAGUGCAUAUAUCGUGAACGUAAAAGGAUACGCAGCGCUUAGUAAAAUACAUAAAUACGGCUCUUAAACUGUAACCACAAAGCUCUAGAUAUUAUAUGAAACUAAUUAAUGGGAAGCAGUGAAUAACCUUUAAUUGGCAUCUUAAGUCUGCUGAAAUUGAAAAGUGAAUUUCAAGACUUCAAGUUGAAUUGAUUUUGAAUCGAAAAAUUGGUGUACUCGGUUGCUAUGAUGAAGAAUAUAAACCGUUUAGCUUUACACCAUACAUCAAAGUCGAAUUGGAGACACGCAAGCAAUUCAAUUAAUAUAUAUGUAUAUACAUGUAUAUACAUAUAAAUAAAUAAGUCAAACAUAGAGUGCAGUUAAUUGUAGUGAAAAAAUAGUAGCGGCAAAAAGUGUGUAAUAAAUAAUAAUUAAGUGAGCAGAUAAGCAAAGCGAGGAAAGAAAAAAUUAAAAUAAAUAAACAGAAUUAAAUAAAAAAAUUUAAAAAUUGUAAUUUAAAAAAAUAAUAAAAAACAAUAAAUAAAAGCAAAAUCCCACCAAUUAAAUUCCGAUAAAAGUAAAAGUUGCAAAAAACGUGCAGGAAAACGUUUGAAAUUGUUUUUAUUUGGAAAUUAAGAUACAAUCGGAAGUUAAAAAAAUUAUAAAAUAAAGAAAAUUUAAUAAAAUUAAUCAAGUGAGAAAAUAAGAAAAUAAAAAAUUGAGGCAAUAAUUGUGAACCGAGACUAAAAAAAAAAUUUUUUAAAAAGUUUCAAAUUAAAAAUUGGAUUUAUUGUAAUCGCCAGCUCACUUCUUUAUCUGUGUAUGUGUGCGCGUGUGUUCCUUAACGCCGGCUCAACGCCUCAAUUUGUUGUUUGUUUGAUAGCUUGUCGGCUGAUAACUGGCAGCGCUUACGGCUAAACCGACAGCUGAUGAUGACAACCAAUCAUAACACCAACAACAGCAAAGUGAAAUUUAAUUAUAAUUAAAAAUAGAGAGAAAGACGUAAGAUUUUUAGAGCGAAAAGCCAGUAAAAGAAUGAAAAAUAGCGCAAAAAGUGGCAAAAAA